GUUCCAACUGAUCAGGGUGAAGGUGGGUGAAGGCGGCGACGUACACGGUACAGAAGAACUUCUGAGUUGGUUGGCGCACUGCACCUGCAUGAGGUGCUGUGGGCAUUGUGAGUGGUGUGGCAGGCUGCGAAAGGCUUUUCAGAGUGGCAGAUUGCUUGCUUCAGGUUCCUUGUCAAGUAUCCACAGGUUGGUCCACUACCAUUGCAAAUCAAAGAGGAGGCUCUGAGGCAAUGGUUGGUGGCGUUUGGAGCACCACCUCGAGCAGAAACAGUUUGCAGCCGCUGGCACGCUGCAGUUCGCUGGCAGCUCAGCCAUCCCUGAGGAUAAGGGCAGUGAAACUUCUAGCAUCUGGACUGAAGGUCGAGAAUAAGUCUCAGAUUGAGCACUAGGCAGCGAAGCAGGACACUACAACAGGACACUGCAAGAGAUCCGUCUAGCUACAUUGGGGGCCGCCUGUGAGUCCCCCAAGUCCACCUCUAGCUUGAUGCUUCCCCAAGGGAAAGUCUCCGCUGCUGGUGCAAAGCGACAGAAGCGGAGCGAGGGGCCGUGCGGUGCGCUGGAGCUCAACCCCCCGAGCAUGGCAACGGCCUCCGGACCGUCUGCGCAAGCAGCGAGCGCUGCCGGACAGCAGCACCGGUCCGCAGGGAGGUUUCCGCAGGGCACGUUUUUCUUCCGUGCGCACGUAGCAAGCCCUGAGGAGUCGGAACACGGGAAGCAUGCGGAGCAGGGAGUGGCUCUGGUGUUCAGCCCGGGGUUUCCGUCGGAGUUCGACCUGCUCUUGCCACCGCAGGUGCUGCAAAAAGCUGGCCUCCGGCCAAAGCCACCGCCGGACGAAGCGGGGCCGUCAACCUCAAGCGCAGGGUUCGUGGAGUACGGGCCGCUAGACUGCUCGGUUCAACUACAGCUAGCAGGGAGCGAAAGCAUCGUGACCGGCCGCUUGGAUGCAGCCGCCCCCCCUUCCUCUGGCCUGCCUGACCCCCCCCCUUCGACAAGCUAUGUCCCUCCAGAGUCAAUAGUGGCGCGUGUCCGCUCCAGAAGGAAAAAGAAUCGAGGGCUGGUAGAGCUCGUAGAUUACCAGGAGGCGGGCCCUGACGAAAAGCUUGAGUGCGGCUUCAUUGGGCCCCGGGGCCUGUUGGCUUGGGGGCUUGGAUUCGACGCAACCGGCUUGUGUCUUUUUCCCCUCAGCCAAGGGGGCCGAAACUUAGUGAGCGGAUUGACGUGACGCCUAUGAGAUGACGGAAGAUGGCACUUGACUGAUCUGUGGACGCCACAGCUUGUCUACAAUGAAUCAUGUAACGACAUAAGUAGACUGUUGUGCAGUAUAGUUUGUAGCAUAAGCGAACUCUUUAUCGGAAUGUUUACAACCUGGAGAUUCGGUAACAAACGAGGCCCAUCUGGAGCAUUGUAAGUUUUGUGAGCACAGCGAGAUAAGGACGUACAUGCAGUAUCUCCUUCAGUUGGAUUCUUGUCUUUGUGCCAACAAGGAAUUUGUGGUGCCUCAAGCACAAAGCCCAAGUCAAGCCAG